UUUUGGCGGCUGCAUGCUCCGCAACAACGGAUCUGCAUCUCAACCCUCGACCUUUUUCCUCCGUUUGCACCAACUCUAAAGAAAACGCAGAGACGUAACAGCCGGAAAGCCACCACAUCAUUACUGAACGCCUCCUCUUCUAUCGUCGGCGUAGAGCUGCGGCGGCCAGCGGCCUGCGGUUCUCUCCCGUUUCUCGCGUUUCUGAGCUUGCAUCUUUUGUCUGCCCUGUGAAAGCCGGAGUUCGCCAGCGACACAGACCUCGUCCUCCCCCGCUGCUCUAUUGGCAGUUUUUUUUCUGUCGGUCUUUCCUCCCAGUCCUAGGCAAUCUUUUGCUCCACAAUGAAGAAAAUCAAGGUUAAGUCUGGGGAGUUGAAGGCGGUGAAUCCGUCGGACACCUACCGCAAGACCCAGCGCGACAAGGAGAAGAAAAAAAAUAAAAUGGACAGACGACACAACCGCGAGCUGUCGAUCUUGAAGAGGAACCCUCGCGUGAUCAAGGAAGAACUCGACAAACUCUGCGAAAUCGAAAAAACCAACGUCCUCCGUGAUGGUCAGCGGAGGCGCAAGCAGAAACUUCAGCAGCUGUGGGACAUCGCGGUUCAGUCCGUCGAGGCGGAGAGACGCGCAAGAAAGGCCGAGCUUCAGAUGGAGGAGCCUUUCGGCGAAGAGGCAGCCGCAGAGAAGGAGGGAGACGAACACCCGCUGUCUCCUGGCGAACAGAGAUCUCUCACAAGCAGCGACGUCCCUCGAGAUCCCAGACGACGAGCCGUUCGUCCCCAAGAACGCUUCGAUGACGAGUUCAUACUCAAACUCGAUCAAGAGCAACGCAGAUACUAUAAUCCUGCCCUCUGCAAUGCCGGCAUCUUCAGACAUCCCGACGGCAGUCUACGAGGGUAUCCCCCCACCGUUCGCCAGGGUGCCUUCGACAUGCGGCGAGAGUACUUCGAAAGCUUGGAAAGCGAGCGCCGCAAGAAGGAGGGACUCUCCAGCUCGAGUGAAGAAAACAGCGAAACUUGGAGUGACGUGUCAGACGGGGAACAUGCCAGAGAGCGAGGAGAAUCGCGGGAGAAAGACGCAGAAGAAGAAGAUUCAAAUGAAGAUGAUAUCCUCGCUUCGAUUCCCCUGCCUGACGACCUUCCACCGGGGUUCUCUCCAGAGCCGCCUAGCCUGCCACCAGCUCCCGCACCUGGUCCAACGCAGAGUUCCCCCUUUGGAGUGCAGAGUCCUUCGGCUGCCUCUGCUUUCGUCCUCCCCACAUCGUUCGCAGAGACAGCAGGUGUCUCUCCAGGAAGCAACUCGUCUCCUUCAGGGCAUAUGCCCUCUGCCUUUCCUUUCCGGCCCCCGCCACCGCCGCCGUUCAUGUUCCCUCCCCCGCCCAUUCCGUUCAUGCCUCGGCAUCUCCAGUCCGACGCCUCUGGUCCUCAACAGGCUCCGAACGCUUCGCCUGUGCCCCCGACUUUUCCUUCUUCGCUUUCCUCUCCUUCGUCUCUUCCUUCUUCUCUUCCCCCGUUUCCUUCUUCUGCUCUUCCUUCGGCUUCGCCUUCUGGGUCGUCUGGUCCGAACGCAGAGCAGACAGGAACGCCGAGCUCUUCUUCGCCGUACUCUGCCCCGCCAGCGAUCUGGAAAGUCAACGGUCCCCAAGCCGUCCGAGAGGCGCGAGCUGCGCCGUACACGCCUCCCGAGACGAAAUCCGCCUUGCCAGCGGCAGCGAUGGCCUUCGUUCCGACGCAGCUCAGAACGAAGAACAAGCCGUCGCCGGUGGCGCCUCGCUUGGCGCUUCAACAAGUCUCUGCCUUUUCGACAGGCCUGGGGAACGCGCACCAGAAUCGGUCGAAGGAGACAGGGACCGCCUCUCACGGGGGGAAGCCUGGAGGCGUCGCGAGCUUCUUGACGAAGAAACCGGUCUCUGCUUUCGGAACGGACCCCCGAGGAAACGCACAAGAUCGCGCCGGAAGCGCUCCCGAUCCCUCCAGAAAUCUCGACGAUCUCUUCAACGACUUUCUGCGAGAAGUCGGCGAAGCGUGA